GCCGAGCUCGCCGGCUGCCAAAAUGCUGCCUGGUCGGCCGCCGCUGAAGCGGGUGCGCCUUUACCCCGACCCACGUGCCCCGGCCGCGGCCGGUCCCUCGGCGCACAGCGCCGCGGGCCGCUCGGGCCGCGCCGAGGACAGCGCCGAAGCCCGCCGACGCCGCUCGCCUGCGCAGCGCCGCCGCUGCCCUGCGGCGGGGUGAGCGGCCGGCGGCUGCACUCGACGGCGCGGCGUCGUGUCGGGCGCUGCGGAGAGCGCGUGGCUGCUCCUCGAUCCCGACGAGGACAACGGAUCGCCGCUGCGCGGCUGGACCGCGUCUUGCGACGCCGCAUGCCGCCGGCUCAAGCCCGUCGAUCUACGUGCGGUGCGGCUGCAGUCCGAAGGCGGCGGCGGCGGCGGCGGCGGCGGCUCUGACGGCGCUCGGCGGCACCGUUGCCGACUACGCGGAGAUGCUCGAUGCGCUCGACGACGCGCUCGACGUCUCCUCGCCGCUGCGCGCCGACUCGCCGGUCUCGAUGCAGGUUCUCGUCGCCGCAGCGGCCGACCGUUCGCAGCUUCUCCUCAAGGCUGAGGCGCUCGACGACCUCGACGCAAUCAAAGAGAAGGUAGCCGACCGCACCGGCUGGCGCGAGCGGCGCGCCGCGCUGCUGCUCGCCGUCGGCCGGCACGGCGAGGCGGGCGAGGAGUACCUCGCGCUGCUGAAGCGCAACCCGGAGCACUUCGGGUGGCACGCGGGGCUGCAGGCGGCAGCCCACCCACUAGCGGCCGAGCUGCAGACGGCGACCCCGACCGAGCGGUGGCUGAGCGCGGAGGUGACGGCGGAGGCGGAGGCGACGCUGGCCGCGCUGUACAGCAAGCUGCAAAAGGCCUACCCGAAGAGCCAGGCGUGCAUGCGGCUGCCGCCAGCGUGCAUGCGGCUGCCGCUCGACUUCACGCGCUCGCCGCCCGCCUUCGCCGCCGCCCUGGACGCGUACGCGCGCAGCUACGUGCGCAAGGGCGUGCCGUCGCUCUUCGCCGACCUGAAGCCGCUCUGCGCCGAGGGCGCGUGGUCGCGUGUGCUCUUCGGCGAGCUCGUGGCGGGGUGGGUGGGCGCGCUGGAGGCGACGGGCGCCUUCCCGGACACUUGCGAGAAGGAGCCCCCGUCGACGCUGAUGUGGGCGCGCGCGCGCGUGUACAAGCACGCGGGCCACGCCUCCGCCGCUGCUCGUUGGAUGGAGGAGGCGCGCAAGAUGGACCUCGCCGACCGGUGCGUCUGGUUUGAGCUCGAGCUGGCGGCGUCCUACCUGCGCACGGGCGACUACGGCCGCGCGCUCAAGAAUUUCGCGCACGUGGAGCAGCACUUUGCAGACAUUGGCGAGGACCAGUUCGACUUCCACACCUACUGCGUGCGCAAGAUGACCCUCCGCGAGUCCGUCGAGAGCGCCCCCUCGCCAGCUGGCCGCUGUGAGGAGCGCCUCUUCACACCUGCAGCUGUGAACAGGUACGUCAAGAUGGUCCGCUUCGAGGACACGCUGCACGGCCACGCCUUCUACGUGACCGCCGCGUGCGGCAUCAUCGACACCUACCUCCGCACCCGCGACCGUUGGGCAGCUGUUCACACGCGCAGCUGCAUCGUCGACACCUACCUCCGCAUCGUGGCCAAGCCGGCGCGCGACGCGGCGGCCGCCGCCGCGGAGGAAGCCGGCGGCGGGCUGAGCGUGCAGGAGCGUGCAGAAGAGCUCGGGCCAGCUCGGGCCAUCUCGGGCAAUCUCGGGCCAUCUCGGGCCAUCUCGGGCCAUCUCGGGCCAUCUCGGGAGCGGAAGAAGGCCGAGUCCAAGCGGCGCAAGGCGGAGGCAAAGGCGAAGGCGGAGGCGGAGGCGCAGGCGAAGCGCGACGCGGACGCCAAGGGCAAGGACGGCAAGGGCGGCAAGAAGGGGGGCGGCAAGGAGAAGCCGCCCGACGACGACCCCUACGGCGAGGCGCUCGCGUCGGUCGAGGCGCCGCUGGCCAAGGCGCGGGCUGGGGGCGCGGCGCUCUCGCUCGGCGCCGCGGACGCGCAGGUGCACCGCAGCGCCGCCCGCUUCCUCCACCUGUACCGCGCGGGCGGCGCGGCGCUGGCGCCUGCGGUAGCGACGGUGGUGGAGCGGCACAGCGCGCAGAUUCUGGCGGCGGCGGGACUGCCGACCGGGGCGACGGCCGAGGCGUACAACGACGCCUUCCUCGCGCGCGCGGGGGGCGGCGCGGCUGCGGCGGCAGUCGCCCACGCCGAGGCCAGCCUAGCGGUGUGCAAGGAGGCCCUCGCCCUCCUCGAGCCCGGAGGCGCGCUCGCGGACGCCGCUGCCGCCGCCGCCUUCCGACAAAAGGCGGUGGCGCGGUUCCCGCACGCGCCGGCCUUCGGCGGCGGCAGCGGCGACGAGCCUCCCCCGCCGCCGAGCGGAGAGUGAGCGCGCGGCGGGCGGGAGGGGAGCGUUGGGGGGGGGAUGCGGAGCCGGCCGAUCGGAGUGGUCGUUCUCUCUGACGACAUUCGGCGCGCCCGCCUGGCCCCUGCUCCCCUCCUGCGCCCGUCCAUCCCCCGGCGGCUCCGGCCGACACCGCGCCGAGGCCGUGGCGCCGCUGUCGCCACCGGGCCGGGGGACCGGGCCCCUCGCAUGACGCUUCUCUUACCGUCCUGGCACGCCACUACACCGGGACCGGGGUUUACGGCGACCUCUCGUCCCUCUCCAUCUCUUUUCUCACCCGUCCGCUCUGCAGAUCAGCGGUGGUGGCCAUGUGUGGCGAUCCCAUCGCCCUCGCAAAGAGAAGAUAAUACAGACGUGC